GCUUUCAGGGCCUUUCCUUGUUUCCCCAUCACGGACAACAAACAAAGUCCUGCUCCUCCGAGCUUGCCUAUUCCCGCCUUUCUCUUUCGUCUUGUUCUUUGCCGAUUCAUCCCACUCUUCAAGGUUCAAAAGCAUCGCAUCUUCCCACGUACAUCACUAGCAUCCCACAUUCAAGGUCAAUCAUCUUUCGCACGGUCCGACGCCCGUUCAUAAACCUAUCCUACAUACGCUUCAUCACCCAGCAAGAUGUCCUCGGUAGGCGAGCCUCCCUUGAGCCAAGGCACCGGCUACGGGGUCCUGAUCGGGCUCGGCGCCUUCUUCGCCAUCAUCGUUGUCGGUCUCUCGCACUCGCUUCACAAGUUUGGAAACGUGAGGAAAUCGUCGGCUGAAUACGCUGUCGCUAGUCGCAGUUUGGGUGUUGGUCUGACGGCGGCGGGCGCUGUCUCCGGAUGGACAUGGUCGGUGACGUUGCUCAGUAGUUGUUCGGUCGCUUAUUCGUAUGGAGCUGCUGGUGCCCUCAUCUACGGUGCCGGCAAUAUGUCUCAAGUCACUCUCUUCGCGCUCAUGGCCAUCCGCAUGAAGCAGAAAGUCCCUCACCUCCACACGCACCUCGAGCUCCUGCGUAGAAGAUACGGAACCUUCGGCCACUUGACCUUCAUGUUCUUCGCCCUGGCCACCAACAUCCUUGUCUGCUCCAGCGUGCUCAUCGGCGCCGCAGCGGCCAUCAACUCCAUCACUGGCGUCAGCAUCUACGCCUCGUUGUUCCUGUUGCCCAUCGCCGUCGCUGCCUACACGCUCGGUACCGGUCUGCGCGGCACGAUUCUCGCCGACUACCUGCACACGGUGAUCAUCCUGGUCAUUCUGUUCAUCCUCGCCAUCACCACCUACGCGACCAGCGACCUUAUCGGCAGCCCAGCGCGCAUGUGGGAGCUCCUUCAGCAAGCCGCGGAACGCAACCCGUCCGAGAACUUUGCCGGGAGCUACCUCACCCUCAAGUCCCGCGGCGCGAUCCAGUUCGGCUGGCUGUCCUUCCUCGAGUACACCGGGGUGGUCUUCAACGAUGCAUCGUUCUCGCAAAAGGCCAUCGCUGCCGCCCCAAGCGCCGUCGUGCCGGGAUACAUCCUCGGCUCCCUCAGUUGGUUCUCCAUCCCAUGGGCGCUCGCUACCACCGCUGGUCUCGUCGCUCUCGCUCUUGAACAAACCUCGCCUGCGUUCCCAACCUACCCCAACCGCAUGUCGCCAUCCGAGGUCUCCGCCGGUCUCGUUCUCCCGUACGCCGCCAACGCCAUCCUCGGCACCGGUGGAUCCGUCGCCGUCCUCCUGCUCAUGUUCAUGAGUGCCACCUCCGCCAUCUCCGCGCAACUGAUUGCGGUGUCAUCGAUCAGCGGCUACGACAUCUACAAGACCUACAUAAACCGCGCCGCCAAGCCCGACGACAUCCUUCGCACGCAGCACUACGCCGUCGUCGCCUUCACGCUUUUCACCGCGGCCUUUGCGUCACUCCUGCACGGCGUCGGCGUCGACCUCGGCCUGCUGUACAACAUGACGGGCGUCUGGUCCUGCGCCGCGCUGCCUCAAAUGAUCUUCUCCUUCUGGGUCGAGCGUACACCCAACUGGGCCGCGGCGGCCAUCUGGGGCAACUUUUUCGUCGGCCUGAUCAUCUGGCUCGUGCUCGGUAACCACUACAGCGCCGAGGGUCUCACAGUCACCUCCCUCUCCAACCCCACUGCCUGCAUCUACGCGUUCGCGGGGGCCAUCGGCCUCGGGUUGAUCGUCUGCACACUGGGAUCCAUCUUCUCCCCCGGCGACUUCAAGUUCGACAGCGUGUGGGAGUCCCGGCGCAAUGGCAACGUCGACGAGAAGGAGAUCCAGGAGAUCGAGCAGAACGACGCAUACGGCAAGGAAAACCUGCACAAGUGGUUGAUUGUCGCGUCGGUCGCGUCCAUCAUCAUCUUUGCGGUGUUUAUGCUCAUCUGGCCGCUCUCGCUGUACCGCGACUACGUGUUUAGCGAAAAGUUCUUCCGGGGGUGGGUCGUCACCUCGAUCGUGUGGGCGUUCUUUGCCUUCCUCUCCGUCGGGCUGUUACCGCUGUGGGACGGCCGCAAGGACUUUGUGCUGAUCAGCAGCGGGAUCCUCGCCAAGCUGCAGGGUCGUGAGAUCCCGAGUGAGGCGGCGGUCGUGCGCAAGUCGGGCAGUGAGAGCAGUCUGAAGCGUAAGGGGAGCAACAAUACCUUGCAAGAGGAGAUUCGGGUAUAGAUAGUUUGAUCUGACCGCUCUCGUUUCUGCUGGCGGGCGUGAGCUAUGGGAGGA